AUGCGGGUGGCGCUGGACACGACCUACAUCCUGGGACGGGGCGCGGUGAAGGACACCUACAAUCUGCUGGCGGACGGCAUCGUCAAACUGUUGCGGGUCCUGGCUGCCGUGGCGAACGCCACCUUGCCGGCAUGGGCGGAAGCCCAGGGGUACGAGAGGUACCUGGGCUCCAGCAUCAAGGGCGAGGCGGUGAUUGACUGGUCGGACCGCAAAGCGCGGCGGAAGCUUUUGGGGGAGAUAGUGGCCGAUGCGGACCGGCUGCUGGAACUGGCGCGACAGGCGUGGGUGGAAUUGCCGGAGGACAGCGUCCAGCGGCAGAGCAUAGUGGCUGGAGCGGAGUUGCUGGGACAGUUGCUGCUCCAGGACAUCGAGCGCAAGAGUGGCGAUGGCGAUGCUGAUGAUGAUGAUGACGGGGUGAGCAUCAGGGAUGGGGUGAGCAGGGACCGGAUGCUGUCGGUGCAUGACCCGGAG